AUGGACUUGUUCGUCCUCGUCAUUAGAUUGCUCCACGGAGAUAAGUAUUUUCCUUCAUCGACAUCCAUACAAUUUUGGGAUUGGUAUAGCUUAUAUGGAAGAUCCUGGAUUGCCUACAACGACUGCGCAUUGAAUGGAGCGAAUUUUCCACACCUCUGCGUCCCUGACCUGAGUACGCUAGACACAGGAUCAUCCUCGAGCUUCGAUAACAAAACCGUGAUGAAGUUCUUUUUGUUGUGCUUCUUCCUGCUCCACGCUAGUGGCGUCCUAGCAGAGGAAGAAAAGAAGGAUGUUAAAUAUGGAACCAUCAUCGGUAUCGAUUUGGGUACUACUUACUCUUGUGUGGGAGUAUAUAAAAAUGGACGCGUUGAAAUCAUUGCAAACGACCAAGGUAAUCGAAUCACUCCCUCAUACGUAGCAUUUUCUCAUGAAAACGGUGAACGUAUGAUUGGAGACGCUGCUAAAAAUCAGCUUACUAUUAAUCCUGAAAAUACCGUAUUCGAUGCGAAACGACUUAUUGGCCGUGAUUUCAACGACAAAACUGUCCAGGAUGACAUCAAAUUGUGGCCCUUCAAGAUUCAAGACAAAAAUAAUAAACCUCAUGUUGUCCUGAAAGUUGGCAAAGAGAUGAAACAAUUUGCUCCGGAGGAGAUUUCUGCAAUGGUUUUGACAAAGAUGAAGGAAAUUGCCGAAUCGUACCUUGGCAAAGAAGUAAAAAAUGCAGUCGUCACCGUUCCUGCAUAUUUCAACGAUGCACAACGACAAGCGACUAAGGAUGCCGGUACAAUUGCUGGAUUGAACGUUGUACGGAUUAUUAACGAACCAACUGCGGCUGCAAUUGCUUAUGGAUUAGAUAAGAAAGAAGGAGAGCGCAAUAUUCUGGUGUUCGAUCUCGGAGGUGGAACGUUCGAUGUAUCGAUGUUGACAAUCGAUAAUGGUGUGUUCGAAGUCCUCGCAACAAAUGGAGACACUCAUCUUGGAGGAGAAGAUUUCGACCAACGUGUAAUGGAAUAUUUCAUCAAGAUGUACAAGAAGAAAACUGGCAAAGAUCUCCGCAAAGAUAAUCGUGCCGUCCAGAAACUUCGCCGUGAAGUAGAAAAAGCCAAACGAGCUUUGUCAACACAACAUCAGGUCAAAGUUGAGGUUGAGUCAAUCUAUGACGGUGAGGAUUUCUCCGAGACUCUUACCCGCGCGAAAUUCGAAGAGCUCAAUAUGGAUCUGUUCCGUGCCACCUUGAAGCCGGUCCAGAAGGUUCUAGAAGAUUCUGAUUUGAAAAAGGAGGAUGUUCAUGAGAUUGUGUUAGUCGGAGGAUCCACUAGAAUUCCAAAAGUUCAGCAACUUAUCAAGGAUUUCUUUAAUGGUAAGGAACCUUCACGUGGUAUAAAUCCUGACGAAGCGGUAGCAUAUGGAGCUGCUGUACAAGCUGGAGUAAUCAGUGGUGAAGAGAAUACUGGAGAUAUUGUUCUUCUGGAUGUGAAUCCUCUGACUCUUGGUAUCGAAACGGUCGGAGGUGUAAUGACAAAGCUUAUCACUCGUAACACUGUCAUUCCUACUAAGAAAUCUCAGGUCUUCUCAACAGCUGCUGACAAUCAACCAACUGUAACCAUACAGGUAUAUGAAGGAGAGCGCCCAAUGACAAAGGAUAAUCACCAACUUGGAAAGUUUGAUUUGACAAACAUCCCUCCUGCUCCACGUGGUGUUCCUCAAAUUGAGGUCACCUUCGAGAUUGAUGUGAACGGUAUUCUCCACGUUACUGCCGAAGACAAAGGUACCGGAAAUAAGAAUAAAAUCACCAUCACAAAUGACCAGAACAGAUUGAGUCCGGAUGAUAUCGAACGCAUGAUCAACGAUGCCGAGAAGUUUGCCGAGGAUGACAAGAAAGUCAAAGAACAAGUGGAGGCGAGGAACGAGUUAGAGUCGUACUCGUACUCGUUGAAGAAUCAAAUUGGUGAUAACGAGAAACUUGGCGGGAAACUUGACGCUGACGACAAGAAAGCAAUUGAGGAGGCUGUAGAAGAAACGAUCAGUUGGCUUGAAAGUAAUCGUGAAGCAUCCGUGGAGGAACUUCAGGAACGAAAGAAGGAUCUGGAAGGCAAAGUACAACCGAUCAUUAGCAAAUUGUACAAAGAUGCCGGAGGAGGUGCUGGAGGUGGUGAUGAGGUACCAACCGGGGAAGAAAAGGAUGAACUGUAA